AUGCUCUGUUCCAACACUGACGAGAUUGCUUCAGUCUCCGGCGAAGCUCCGCAGGAGCCCGUUGUCUCGACAAAGUCGGGCAACGUGUACGAAAAGCGCCUCAUCGAGAAGUACAUCGACGAGCACGGCAAGGAGCCCGGUAGCGAUACAGACCUUGACAAGGAGGACCUUCUACCGAUACAAACCUCGCGUGUGGUUCGCCCAAGGCCUGCUGCGCUCACCUCCAUCCCAGCUCUUCUCUCAACGUUCCAGAACGAAUGGGACUCCCUGGCUCUUGAGACAUACAAUCUGCAGCAGCAGUUGCAGCGCACACGAGAGGAGCUCGCAAAUGCCCUCUACCAACAUGACGCUGCGAUCCGCGUCAUAGCCCGUCUCACCAAGGAGCGCAACGAAGCGCGCGAUGCCUUGGCAAAGGUUACAGUUUCUGCGCCAGCGCCUGCUGCCGCGAAUGCCGGCGACUCGGCAAUGGCGAUAGAUUCGGAGCUCCCACAAGAUGUCGCGGAGCACGUGGACGAGACGGCGCAAAUGCUUUCAAAGUCGCGGAAGAAGCGCCCGACGCCCCCGACAUGGGCCUCGCCCGAGGAUAUUUCUCAGUUGGAAAAAAUAGCGUCGGAUUCCCUUCACCCUCUAACGCAGGCGACCUCUCUCGGCGUCGACGGUGGCUAUGCAGCUGUAGGAGGCUUCUCUGGUGACUUGGCUAUUUACUCUCUCGAAGCAGCAAAGUUGGAGCGUACUCUGAAUGUUGGAGAGCCUGUCACAGCCGUUCUCUGGACUGGCACCAAGGUCAUACUUGGUACUACUAAGGGAUCUGUCAAGGUUUAUGACAGUGGCAGCGAGGUCGCCUCCUUUUCAGAACAUGCCGGAGGAGUCACUGGGCUGGCAUUACACCCUGGAAGCGACAUCGUGGCCUCAGUGGGUGCCGACAGGGGACUCGUGCUGUACCAGCUGAGCACGCUCAAGAAGGUUUUCCAGACACGGACCGACGCAUCUCUUACCAUGUGCGCUUUCCACCCGGACGGCGCUCUUGUCGCUGCUGGAACGACAUCGGGGGAUAUCAAGCUAUUCCAUACAAAGACUCUACAGGAGGCUGCUUCUUUCCCUCUGGGCGCUCCUGUGCAGGCUGUAGCGUUUUCAGAGAAUGGUUACUGGUUCGCUGCCGUGGCCAAGGCACAAACUUCCGUUACUAUUAUGGACCUUCGCAAGUCCGGUGAUGCAGCCAAGGUCAAGACGCUGGACGUUGGAACCGGUGUCCUAGCUGCCCUCGCCUGGGACUACACUGGCCGUUUUCUUGCCGCUGCUGGGGCGUCGGGCGUUUCAGUGCAAGGAUACAACAAGAGCUCCAAGGCAUGGACCUCGUUGUUGCAGAAGGGCGACGCUGCAGGAGCAGUUGCUUUGGCUUGGGGGCCUGACGCGAAGAAGCUGGUGGCUGUCAAGCCUGAUGGUGUUCUCGAAAUGUUGGGAGUUCCGAGCGCUGCUGAGGAAGAAGCUCCUGCGGCGGAGGCGUAG